AUGGAAGGACGGGGAUACUGGGGGACCAAAGCCGAAUUUAUCCUGACGGUGAUGGGCGCGAUCAUCGGACCUGGAAAUGUAUGGAGGUUCCCGUACCUGUGCUACAGAAACGGCGGAGGUGUGUUCUUCAUCCCAUACAUCUUGUUCAUGUUUACCUGUGGGAUCCCUUUAUUCUUCCUUGAGACUGCCGUAGGACAGUAUACCAACCAGGGGGGGAUUACGUGCUGGAGAAAGAUUUGCCCACUUUUUCAAGGCGUGGGCUAUGCCAGUCACUUGAUCAUUGCAUUCAGUGCCACCUCCUACAUUGUCAUCAUUGCAUGGGCGUUCUUUUACCUGUUCUCAUCCUUUAGUGCGGAUUUGCCUUGGGCCACAUGUGGUCACUACUGGAACACAGACUCAUGCUUGGACUCAAGCCUUCCCAAUGUGAGCUACAGCAUGGCUUCCAGGCUGAACAUGACUCUUCCUGUUGUGGAAUUCUGGCAGCACCGGGUUUUGAAAAUCUCUGGUGGUAUUGAGGAGGUUGGCAGCUUGAGGUGGGAACUAGCCUUGUGUCUCAUCCUGACCUGGGUCAUCUGCUAUUUCUGUGUUUGGAAGGGUAUCAAGUCCACAGGAAAGGUUACCUUCUUCACAGCGACCUUCCCCUUCAUCAUGCUGUUGGUUUUGCUCGUGCGUGGUGUCACCUUACCAGGGGCAAUGACUGGGAUCAUUUACUACCUCUACCCUGAUAUCUCUCGCCUUUCAGAUCCCCAAGUGUGGAUGGAUGCUGGGACUCAGAUUUUCUUCUCCUAUGCCAUUGCUCUUGGUUUUUUAACCUCCCUUGGGAGUUACAACCCUUACAAUAAUGACUGUUACAAGGACUGUUUCUACUUGUGUUUGCUGAACAGUGCCACCAGCAUUGUGGCAGGAUUCGCUAUUUUCUCUGUUUUGGGUUUCAUGACCUACGAACAAGGAGUGGAUAUAUCUGAGGUUGCCCAAUCAGGUCCAGGUUUAGCAUUCAUUGUUUACCCACGUGCUGUUGCCAUGAUGCCCAUGCCUCAGGUGUGGUCGGUGUGUUUUUUCAUCAUGAUCAUCCUGCUUGGCUUGGACAGUCAGUUUGUCGGUCUGGAAUGUCUGAUGACGUCAGUGGUUGACCUGUUCCCAUCUUACCUGCGUCAAGGCUUUAGACGUGAGCUGCUUCUACUGGUUAUCUGUUGCAUCUGCUGCACACUGGGAUUCUCUCUGGUCACUGAGGGAGGGAUGUAUCUGCUCCAGCUGCUGGACCAUCACGUCUGCAGUGGCACCACCAUACUCUUGCUCUCUCUCUGCCAGUCUGUCAGCAUUGCCUGGGUGUACGGUGCUGAACGUUUCUAUGGCAACAUCACAGACAUGAUCGGUUAUCGUCCACACCCAUUGAUGAUGUACUGCUGGCGUUACAUCACUCCCUUCGUCUGUUUUGGCACAUUCAUCUUCUCUUUGGCCAAAUACACUCCGUUGAAGUUCAGUAAAACUUAUGUUUAUCCACUCUGGGCCAACAUCAUGGGCUGGUUCUUUGCCACUGUCUCCCUCUCACUCAUCCCGCUGUUUGUGUUAUAUAAAAUGAUGCAGGGAGAAGGCACUCUUAAACAGCGUUUCUUAUUGCUCUGCCAUCCUGUGGAGGAACUCCCCGUGGAUCAAAAAUGUCUGCCUGCAACCAGUGGUACUCCUCAACACACAGAGCUCAAACCUUUAUCCCACACAACCACAAAUUGA